AUCAAAAUGGCGUCUGCCGUGAAAGUACUUUUGGGAGUGGGGCUUGUUUUGGCGUUCAUUUCGCCUUUACUUCAAGCCGAAAGGUUUGGCUCCAGAGCCAAAACUCUUCAUCUUCAUUCCUCGAAGAGAAAGGACGAUCUUGGGGAUGGAUUUGUGAGGAUUAGGCGCUCUGAAGACAUGAAGUUUCAAGAGGAAGAAAAUCAUGACAGGGCUAGACGGUCACCCGACGACAGCAGCCGUUUUGGGGAUGUUCACGACAAGGCGAAAGUGACGAAGUUUGACCUGCACGAUCACAAUCCUGAACUCAUCGUCCACUGGGCUGGUAAGAAUAGCGACAUGAUUGUCUGUCUGACUAGACAGAUUACGCAAACCAUUGGCAGCGAGACUCACGUAUAUUUCUCCUAUGACUACGGGAAGAACUUCACUGAGAAGACAGAUCUGUUGUUGGAAAGUGGAGCUAAGGCGGUCUUUGAUAAGUUCUACCACAGUCCUGCUAACAACAUGAGGUAUCUCUUUGUGGACGUCAUCAACCAGCAGAUCUUCUCAACGACAAAUGGCGGGCGGACCUUCAUCUAUUUCCCGUCGCCGGUGGCGAUGACUACCAUCUCGAUGCAUAAGACAGAUCCUAACAUUAUUCUGGGUAUGGAUGAUAACGACAGAUAUAAACGGCUUUGGAAAUCAGAAAAUUUUGGAGGAUCCUGGGUCGCAAUUCAAGAGGAUGUGAAAUCAUUUUGGUGGGGUGAUGAUGUGUCCAGUAAGCCGGACACACUCUACGUGGAACGACAGGAGAUAACAGGAUCUUCAACAGUCGUCAUGUCCGAACAUUACUUUGAUUAUGACUACCGUCAAGAGAUGGUGAUCAGCAAUGUGGUGGACUUUGAGCUUCAUAGCAAUUACAUGUUUGCCACCAGACAUGCGGAUGGUGGAAGGAUUGAUCGCCGCCAGGCUUCUGAUGCUUUAGAUAACCGGCCCAAACUCGAUCUCUUCGUAUCCCACAAUGGUGGGAGCUUCGCCAAAGCAUCAUUUCCAACAGAGCUCGAUAAAUUGGAUUUCUACAUUGCUGAUGCCGACGAGGACCAGGUGUUCGUUUGCGUCAAUCAUGAUAAGAUCAAAACUAAUCUCUACAUCAGUGAGAUCGCUGGAUUGAGCUACUCUCUUUCCCUGGAGAACAUUGUAUACUACAGUCCGAAAGGUCCUGGCAACACCACCUGGCUGAGUCGAUAUGCUGAUGAGGCAUUCGUUGAUUUACAUGAGGUGGAGGGUCUACGAGGUAUCUUCAUUGCCUCUCAGUUUAACUCCACUAAGGAAGAGUUUGUAGAGAGUAACAUGGUGAGCGUCAUCACGUACGACAAAGGAGGGGAGUGGAACCCGUUGGAUCCCCCACUAUCGCAAGAGAAACAAUGCACACCGCCGAGUUGUUCUCUCCACUUGUCGCAGCGUUUCAGCCAGUAUUACCCAGGCUCCCGAUCGGUGCCAAUCUUAUCCAAGGAAUCCGCCCCCGGUAUGAUCAUGGGAACGGGUACAAUGGGGGCGAAUCUGGGCGCCAGUACAAACUUUGACGUCUUCAAGUCGUCAUCAGCUGGGGCAUCUUGGUACAAGGUUUUAGAGGGGCCUCACUUCUUCUCAUUUGGUGACCAUGGGGGCGUGUUAGCAGCUGUCAGUCAGUAUGGAUCCACCAAUGAAGUCAAAUAUUCAGUGACCGAAGGCGAGGGCUGGACUACAGAGGCAUUCAACGAUGAGAAGAUCAUCGUCUAUGGGAUGAUGACCGAACCAGGAGAGAAGACAACAACCUUCACUGUGUUUGGUUCCCUGACUCGUGAACAUAGCUGGCUUAUUGUGCAGAUUGACAUGAAAAAUGCUCUAGGACCAAACUGCACCAAAGAUGAUUAUAAGAGUUGGUGGCCCGGCGAGGAGUUCCCUGGUACCCACUGCCUGCUGGGUAAGAAGAUGGUGUAUGAGCGACGUAUCGCACAUGCUGUGUGCUACAACGGACAGAACUACGAUCGCCCGGUAUCCGUACAGAACUGCACGUGUGAAAGGGAGAACUUUGAAUGUGAUUUUGGGUACAUGGAGGUAUCGGACUGGCAGACGUCUUGUAUACCUGACCCAGAAAGCCCAAUUGAUCCCCAUCAGAUACCCACGCCCUGCCCAGAAGGAUCAUUCUAUCGACGAACCAAAGGAUACCGCAAGGUCGAAGGUGAUUCGUGCAGCGGGGGUGAGGAGUACAUGUAUGAGGCAGAUCAGGUGAUGUGUCCAGUGAGAGAAAUGCCAGAGUUUUUGCUGUACGCCACUCGGACGGAGAUCCAUCGCUACCUGUUGAAUAACGAUCAGGAUGAGAGAUUGAACCUUGGUGUGACUCUACAAGCAGCGAUCGCUGUAGACUUUGAUUGGCAUAGUAACUGUCUGUACUGGGCAGACAUCGUUGAAGAUGAAAUCCAUAAAUACUGCUUGGAUAACGGAAACCACACGAUAAUCGUAGAUAGCCGUAUGUCUACAGUAGAGGGCCUUGCUUUUGAUUGGUUGGCUAUGAACCUUUACUGGGUCGACUCAGGACUGAACAAGAUUGAGGUCGCUCGUCACGAUGGACGUUUCCGUCGGACCAUCGUCAAUGGUUCACUGGACAAACCUCGUGCGAUUGCAUUGGAUCCAAAGAAAGGAAUGAUGUAUUGGACAGAUUGGGGCAGCUCUCCCCACAUUCGUAGUGCCAGCAUGGACGGUAGUAAUAUCCGCUAUGUGAUCUCCACCAACAUCCAUUGGCCUAACGGUAUCGCUAUCGAUGAUCAGACGCAGAAGUUAUACUGGACCGAUGCUUACCUUGACCGAAUUGAGAUGGCCGAGCUGGACGGCUCUCAUCGACGGGUCUUGCUGAGUGAGAAUGUACCCCAUCCAUAUGCUAUAGGGAUUUAUAAGGAUGAAGUGUACUGGGAUGACUGGUCCCAAGAAGCCAUCCUCAAGGCCAAUAAGUACACCGGGGAGCAAAGGUUUACCGUCAAGGGAAAUCUCAGUGGAGUUAUGGAUCUUAAGGUCUUCCACAACGCUUCUCAACAAGGAGACAACCCGUGUAAGGUCCAAAAUGGAGGAUGCACCCAUCUCUGUCUAGCGGUGCCCGGUGUUGGAGUCGGCUCAGUCAGUAGAAAAUGUUUGUGCCCGGAUGACUUCCGGAAGCAGAUUGGACCAGACGGCUCGGAAGCUUGCCUUUGUGACCAUGGCGAAGUACUGUUGCCCAACGGAGACUGCCAGAGAAGCGGUUCAACUUGUGAUCCUGAUCAGUUUCCUUGUGCCAAUCAAAACUGUAUUCCACUGCUUUGGAGAUGUGAUCGAGAUAAUGACUGUGGCGACAUGAGUGAUGAAUUGAACUGCCCCUAUGAAGAUUGUCACAGUGAUGAGUUUAAGUGUGGAACUACUGGACAAUGUAUUCCACUGAGCUGGAAAUGUGAUGGUGAUAAUGACUGUGGUGAUAUGUCCGAUGAGCCAGAAGAAUGCACCUAUGGAACAUGUUCCACUGGUCAGUUUACCUGCGCCAACCAUCGUUGUAUCCCAACAACCUGGGUAUGUGAUCAAGAUGAUGAUUGUCACGAUGGCUCCGACGAGAUGACGUGUUCAUCUGCACCACCUCCCACAACGCAUUACAGCGGGACAUGUAAUUCAAACGAGUUUCAUUGCACCAGUGGACGCUGCAUCCCUGGGAGUUGGAAAUGUGACGGUGACAACGAUUGUGGCGACAUGUCAGACGAGCCGCCAAGUUGUGCCAGGAGGACUUGCAACCAGUUCCAGUUCAGCUGUGUUGGAAACAACACCUGUAUUUCGUUGGGCUGGGUAUGCGACGGUUAUGAUGACUGCGGUGAUGGAAGUGAUGAACGCUCAUGCCCAACCAGUCCAACACAACCCAUGACCACAUGGUGGUUCCCUGAGGGCUCCUGCUCACCCUCUGACUUCCACUGUCUAAACGGAAAGUGCGUCUACGCAAGCUGGAAAUGUGACGGAAUCCCUGAUUGCGAAGAUGGCUCCGAUGAAUUUGACUGCAUGACCGGUGAGCCGACAAUUUCUCCCGACCUGACGUGUUCACAGUACCAAUUUAAGUGCAACAGCGGAGCGUGUAUUCCAGCGAGUUGGAAAUGUGAUCUGGACAAUGACUGUGGGGACUGGUCAGAUGAAUGGAAUUGCCAAGGAUCCACUACGAUGCCAACUACGACGGCUUCCUGUUACUAUUGGCAGGUACCUUGCGGACCAGGAGCGAGUGUCCGAUGUAUCGCCUCCAGUUGGGUCUGUGAUGGUGAUAAUGACUGUGGGGAUGGAAGCGAUGAGAGGAACUGCCCAACAGAUUUGCCAACAGAUUCUCCAAUUGUUUACACCACCAUCACAACUUGCCUGCCUGAAGCUUUCCGAUGCGUCAAUGGGGAGAAAUGUAUUCCGAUGACGUACCGCUGCAACGGGUAUUACGACUGUGAGGACAACAGUGAUGAGCAGGGUUGCACUGUGGGCACUACCACCGAACUACCAUGUCCUGGAUUUAAGUGUUUGAGAAGUUACGGAUGUUUGCCGGCUUACAUGAAAUGUGACGGUAACAUUGACUGUUGGGAUGGAUCGGAUGAAGCCGACUGUAGAAGUGACGAAUACCAAGUUUCCGGUUUCAGUGCUUCUGCCAUUUCGUCUACCUCUGUUAGAAUAGUUUGGACCCCACCUUCCCAUCAACCUGCACUCUAUUCAUACAACAUCACCGAACGGCAAAUUGCUGUUGGUAGCAGCACGGUUGAAAACUCAGUUAUCGUCCCUUCUACAAGUUUGUCUGAUUACAUUUGGGAUAAUCUGAGUCCAGGUUUUGGGUACCAGUUCACGAUGAGUGUUGUCGUUGGGAAUACACACUACAAGCCUGUCGAUUGGUUUACUGUGUACCUAGUGGAAGAUCAAGUGCCUGGUGUUCCAAGAUCUCUUCAAGUUUCGUUGGUGAGCAUAACUACAGUAAAGCUUCAAUGGAGUCCUCCCAGUGUAGUACACGGCCCAUUGACCAGUUACAAGGUGUCGUACAGGGCGAUUGGACAAUGGGUCAUUCAAGACCCAAUUGUAAAGACCGUGCCAGGCACUCAAAGCUCACUGCUGAUUAAUGGUCUGUUAACACAGACGAUGUAUGUGUUCCAGGUGGCCGCUAGCAACGCAGCAGGCAUGGGAUUGUAUUCACCAUCUGUGAAUAUCACAACAACGCUGAAUCCUGAUCAAGAUAUCAUUACAGCUCCUACUGAUUUGUCCGUUGAUGAUGCAACAGAUUCUGGAGUUCAUUUGAAAUGGAAGAAACCUAGAACGUCAGCUGUUGUCAAUUUCUAUCUGAUUUAUUGCGGCAAGUCAUCGAUUGCACAGGACAGACUCUGUGAUAACACCACACAAACAGAGCGCACUGUUACCAGUCUUUGCCCAGGCACCAAGUACGUCUUCUCAGUGAAAGCCGGCAACGCUUACUCCUUGGGUCCACUGUCCGACCGUGUUACUUCAACAACCACAGGGGAUGCCCUUCAACCACCAACCAACCUGACAGCACAAAAGAAAUCAUCUUCGUCUGUCUUGCUCUCAUGGGAUUAUGAGCAGAGAAACAAAGAAAUUAAGGCCUUUGAUAUUUACUACGGGACUUCUGGAUCCCACAUACCAAAGCAGGUGGUAUCAAGUUCAAACCCUUUCUUGGUGACUGGCUUAACGUCUGGAGAGAUGUACUUCUUCCAAGUCAGCAUUCAUUCAGACAGCUGCCCGGACCCUCCGAGGUCAGAGCUAGCCAGUGGGCGAACGGAUUACGAUGAAACUUUGCCGGUUCGCAGUUUGAAAAGGAAGAGUUCCGCCCUGACCUCAAUAACUCUAGCAUGGAAGUCUCCUCGAGAUAUGCCACAAACACUGGGCUACGUGAUCGAUUACUGGCAAAUACUGACAGAUAAAAAACUUGGACCGCCCAGCCACAAGAUCCUCGAGAAAAGUGCAGCCGUGGAGCUGAACUAUACUAUCGUUGGACUGAUCCCAGGUGCUAAGUACCUUGUCAGUGUCCGUAUUGACGCUGAACACUCCAAACCAAUGAAUAUCAGUGCCAAAACAAGUUUGCCCGCUGCACCUGAAGAACUGUACGCUGUACUUGAGGAAUACAACUUUAUUUUCCUCUCCUGGCAGAAAUCAUCUAAUCCAUUCAAUGAGUCUUUGGGUUACACAGUGUUCAUGUCUAAUGUGUCCUACGAACCACCCCAGCCAAUUGAAAAUAGAAAGCGGCGGGAGAAUUUAGGUUGUGAGUACAUGGACACCAACAACAGAACGGAAUUCUUUCAAAUCGGGAAUACUUCGGAGCAUAUCUGGCGUGUGAAGUUACCUCCGGGUAAGACCUUCAUGUUUAGCGUCAGUACGGCUGCCUAUAAAGGGUUCUUCGGAGAGAUGUCAGAGGUGGCUUGUGUGAUGACGUCUUAUGACGGUUACAAACCCGGUCCCGAACCCAUCGGUCCUGUUGCCGGUCGAACCACUUGGAUAGCUGGUAUAGCUGCAGCUGGUGCCCUCAUCCUUCUCCUGGUCGUGUUUCUGGUUUUCUUCAUCGUCCGUCAUCGUCGUCUUCAACGUAGCUUCAUGUCCUUCGCUAACAGUCACUAUGAUCCCCGCUCCGGUACGGCUACGUUCUCUAAUGAUGACGAUAAUGAUCUAGGUGACGAGGAGGAUCAACCAAUGAUACGUGGUUUCUCAGAUGAUGAACCUCUAGUGGUCGCCUAGAGAGUUAGAGAGGAUGAUAACCCAUUCUGUAAAAACACCACAACAUCAACAAAAUAAAAACAAGUAACUUCUUGCUUUAAAAACAAUAUUUUUAGAUAAAACAUUGAUGCAGUAAAAAACGAGAAAUAAAAAAGAAAUAGAUGAGAUUUCAAGUGGUACAUGGAAUAAAGAAACAAAAGAAGAUGAUUUGGUAGUAGUUGCUCUGUAUCAAGAAAGUUGGUAAUCUAAAAAAUAAGUUCAAAUUCAGAGAUAGAUUGGGAAAAAUAUCAAUGUUGAAAUAUAUAAAAUUUAACAAUUUCUGAUGCAGUGAGGAUAAACAUUUCAAGUAGAGUUAAAAAUUAAUAUAGAAAUUAAUUUUAACUUGUUCGUUGGGUACAUUUUUAUUUCUGUGGAGCUGCCAAAAAGAAAAUAAAUUUGCUUACGAGAUUCGUUUAAACUUUAGCAAGAAGUGGCAGGGAACCGGGUACAAA